AUGCCGCAGGUCGUUCGACAUCCCGUUGCAACUGUUCAACGCACAUGGAUCACUCUCGAAGAGAAAAAGAUUCUCUACCAAUACAUCGAAACAAACCCAUACGACAAGUCUCCCUCCCUUCUCGCUUUAAACCCCAAGGGCCUCGUGCCCACUAUUGGCGCCCCCCUGCCCAAUAAUCAGGGCACAAAACCCCUCUACGAAUCCAACAUCAUCAAUGAAUACCUCGAAGAAGCCUAUCCGGAUCACACUCCACAUCUCCUCCCAAAGGGCCCAUUCGAGCGCGCCCGCGCCCGCAUCUGGAUCGACUUUGUCGGCUCCCGCAUCACCCCCAAUUACCGCAAGAUUCAAUAUGCCAAGAGCACAGAGGAGCGGGACGCGGCGCGCGCAGAGUUCCUAAAGGCUGUUAAGGAAUUCACGCGCGAGAUGGAUCCGGAGGGCCCCUAUUUCCUUGGCGAGGAGAUUGGGUUGCCGGAUAUUGCGCUGGCGCCGUGGGUGGCGAGAUUCUUUAUGGUGGAGAAGUUUAAGGAGGGCGGGACUGGGAUCCCUGCGGAGGGCGAGGGAGGGAAGGACGAGGGUGUUUGGCGUCGGUGGAGGAAGUGGGAGGCCGCAAUUAAGGGGAGGGAGAGUUUUAAGAAUACGUUCAGUGAGAGGGUGUAUUAUGAGAAUAUAGCGACGCAGGAAUGGGCACGGUGA